GCGAGGACAAGCGCAGAGAGAUAAACCCACUCCAGGGUAGGGGAUAAAAACAUUGAAAACCUUCGUCCAGCCUACGCUCAGCUUUGUUUUAAUUUCACCACCAUAUUUAAGAGAGGGAGGCCACCCAGGAUGAACGGUGAGUCAGGUGCCGGAGUGGUGACGGCCCCCCCUCCCACCACAGCCCCACACAAGGAGAGGUACUUUGACCGAGUGGAUGAGAGCAGCCCCGAGUACCAGAGGGAGAGGAACAUGGCGCCUGACCUGCGACAGGAUUUCAACAUGAUGGAGCAGAGGAAAAGGGUCUCCAUGAUAUUACAGAGCCCGGCAUUUUGUGAUGAGCUGGAAACGAUGAUCCAAGAUCAGCUGAAGAAAGGGAAGACGCCCACAAGCCUGUUGGCGCUGCAGCAGAUUGCAGACUUCAUGACCACCAGCAUGCCUUCCAUGUAUCCUGCUGCACCACAAGGAGGCAUGGCAGCACUCAACAUGAGUUUGGGGAUGGUAACUCCUGUCAAUGAUCUUCGCGGCUCAGACUCCAUUUCCUACGACAAGGGUGAAAAACUGCUCCGCUGCAAGCUGGCCGCUUUUUAUCGACUUGCUGACUUGUUUGGCUGGUCUGAGCUCAUCUAUAACCACCUCACAGUCAGAGUGAACUCAGACCAGGAGCGCUUCCUUAUUGUCCCCUUUGGUCUCCUUUAUAGCGAAGUAACUGCUUCCAGUCUGGUCAAGAUAAACCUCCAAGGUGAGAUAGUGGACCGAGGAAGCACCAACCUCGGCGUCAACCAGGCCGGCUUCACUCUCCACUCUGCCAUCUAUGCUGCACGGCCUGAUAUCAAGUGUAUUGUGCAUAUACACACAGCAGCAGGUGCUGCGGUAUCUGCCAUGAAAUGUGGGCUGCUGCCGAUCUCACCUGAGGCUCUGUCCCUGGGUGAGGUGGCUUACCAUGACUACCACGGCAUACUGGUGGAUGAGGAAGAGAGUACACUCAUACAGAAGAACCUUGGGCCAAACAGCAAGGUUCUCAUUUUAAGAAACCAUGGCUUGGUGUCAGUAGGAGAAACUGUGGAGGAAGCUUUUUAUUACAUCCACAACCUGGUCACUGCCUGUGAGAUCCAGGUGCGAACACUGGCCAGCGCUGGAGGGCCAGAUAAUCUGGUCAUGUUGGACCCAGCAAAGUAUAAGCUGCGCCCACGGGUCCCUGAGCCAGCUGGCGAUGGGUCCUCAACACACCCUAAGUGGCAAGUCGGGGAGCAGGAGUUUGAGGCUCUCAUGAGAAUGCUUGACAACUUGGGCUACAGGACAGGUUAUCCUUACCGCUGUCCAGCAUUGCGAGACAAAGGUAAAAAGUACAGUGACGCGGAGCUCGCUUCCUCCGCCCACGGUGGUUACACAUACGGGGAGGACAGCGACUCUGGCGCUCGCUCCCCGCUGAAACACAGCUUCCAGCGCGGCCAGCGCGACAAGACCCGCUGGCUCAAUGCCGGUGGCCGUCCCGACGAGCCCUGCGAGGACGGGCCCGACGGCAGCAGCCCCAAGUCGAAGCCUAAGGUGUGGACGAACAUAACACAUGAUCACGUCAAACCCUUGCUGCAGUCUCUCUCGUCCGGUGUCUGCGUGCCAAGCUGUAUAACCAACUGCUUGUGGACAAAGGAGGAUGGGCUCCGCCAGGCGGCUGUAGCCAAUCAGUUCAUCCCUUUGAAUACCAACCCUAAGGAAGUCCUGGAAAUGAGAAAUAAGAUCCGGGAGCAGAACCUGCAGGACAUAAAGACAGCGGGGCCCCAGUCUCAGGUUCUGUGUGCUGGCACUGUAGUGGAACGCACCUUCAACCAGGGCGAGCUAGUGACCGCAUCCAAGGCCAUCAUUGAAAAGGAGUACCAACCCAAGGUUAUUGUCAGCAAGCAGGGUCCCAACCCCUUCACUAAACUCACUGACCAGGAGCUGGAGGAAUACCGCCGGGAGGUAGAGCAGAAACAGAAAGGAGGUGAAGUGCUGCAGCCAGACGACUGUAAGGAGGGAUCAUCCUCCAGCGUAACCAGUCCAAAGCCUGAAAUUUCAGGACAGGACCAAACACCAACCUCCACACUUCUACAAUCAACUGACUCACCCAACUUAGAGAAAGCCCAGCCUCCAGCUCCCACCCCAGCCUCUGAGCUGAGCUCCUCUUCUCAAGGCCUGUCUGGAGGCUGUGACGCAGCUCCAAGUGACGCAGCCUCUGCAGGGACAAUUGCAGAUGACGUAUUUUCAGCUUCAGACGAUGUCUUAUCAGCCCCUGAUUCGCCACAUAAGGAGUUCCACAGUGCCGUGCUGCAAGCACUCAGCAAGGAUCCGAUGGUGGGGGAGGAAGCUAAGGCAGGUCAGGUUCCAGAUCCAGAGCAGCAAGUAGAGCCUGAAGAGGAAGCCAAAGGCCCAAAACCUACAUCCACACCACCUAGCACCCCGGUUAGAGCAGAGGAAGAGUCCCUGCCCGAACAGACCUAUAAGGAUGAGAGUGAUGCAGCCACCCUGAGACAGACCCUUCCUGAUUUGACACCAGACGACCCCUCCGACGCUCCAGCACUUCCUGCUGAAGACUCCACCCCUGCGCCUGCCAGCGCAGACACAGCCGAGGGGGAGGAACCCGCCGACGCCGCGGACCAGGAAGGCGACGAAUCUCCCAGCAAAUCACCCUCCAAAAAGAAAAAAAAGUUCCGUACUCCUUCCUUCUUAAAGAAAAACAAAAAAAAGACAGAGUCCUAGAUAGGAGAAUGUUGGAUCAGUCCUCCAGGCUGUCCCCUGCUUCUUUUCAUUUUUGUCUUCUAUCUUUGCACCCUUUGAGCAAACCCCACUUCCACGCUGUUAUGCUUUUAUUUUCUUUUGUUAUUUUUUAUAUAAUUUGUCGCUGGCUUAUUAACCAAUAUUUCCUUGUUAGUUUGUGCCAAUUUUGUAUACAUUGUAAUAACAAUUGCAUAAAGGUUUUUAAUUAUUAGAGGCUUUUUAGUUCAGAGUGAUGUGGUGUGUCCACUGCACCUGGCCUUUUAUGCAUGUCUGUUACUACAGACUCACAGAUGUGAGGUUGUAGAGUUUUAUCCCAUUUUUUUAACUAUUACUUAACCAUUGUAACCACUAGAAUGUAUUGGGAUUGUAUCAAAAUAUGUCAAGUGUCUUUCUAAAAAAAAACAAACCAGUUAAUGCAGAAAGAGAAACUCGCUCCAUCUUAUAAAACUGGAGGUAAAAUUCUGACAGGGAGACCUACACAUUGCAUUUUAUUACUUACAUCCCUGGAGCUGUGCAUUAAAGUGUAAUUGCAUAUUAACAAAUCAAGAAAGCUACAGUUGAGCUCUUUUGAAAGGAAUCAUAAUGCUUUUUUUCCCUAAAUAAAUCAUUCAGUACAUUCAAUUUUAAUCUCAUGUUUGACUUUUUAACUCAACCUCUACUACUCCAAAGUGGCUUAAUUCGUUCACAAACCAGAUUCAUUUCUCUGCAAAGAAAUCUCCAAACCCGUCUGCAGACAAUAUUAUCAAGACCUUUGAUACUGAGUGUAAUUGUCAAAGGAUUAAUCAUCCCUGAUGUGAGCAAACAUUGUGCUUAAUGAUUACUCUGAGGCUUAAUUCAGUGUAUUUACCACUGGCUUUAGGGAAAAGGAAUGUCUAAGUUUAUGUAUUUUAUUCAGAUAGUUGGGUGUUGCUUUGCUAUUGAUUUUCCCCUUGGUUUCUCUUUGUUAAUGUGAAAGUCAUAAUCUGGCAGCAGUGCUAAAUUUUAUGGGGGAUUACAUAUUUUUAGUUUUUAUUUUUAUUUUAUCUUAUUAGCCCUCUAAUGCUUUUUCCUCAGAGUAAAUUGAGCCAUGAUUACUUGCUGUGAAGGAGCACUGUGAACCUCCUGUUUUCUAACCCACUGUUCGGGAACUAGUACCACACACUGCUUUCAAUGAGUCACAGUUAAUUACAGAGAACACACAAGUGCACUGUUGGAAAGCUGCACGAUCAGUUAUAGCUCAGAAGUUUCCCGAGUUAAAAUGCCGCUCUGAGGAAAAAUGCUUUGAAUACUUGGCAGUAAAUGUAAUAUAUACACUGGAGAAAUGAUUCAUUAUGUUGAUUCGGAGUAUUAAUUCCAGUCAAUUAACUUUCAUCCGGUUUUUAAUGAAUAGUGAACUGAAAGUAAAAAACUAUCAGAUUGCAUCAUCUAAUUGAAUAUGCUUGAAAAUCUUUGCCCUCGCUCACAACAGCUGGUUUACUUUCAGCGUUAUGUAAAAGAUAAAUCAUGAAGGACUGCAGAUGAAGUGUUCAGAGUGUGUGCUGUCUUAUCAGUGACUGUAACCUCCCCUUUCAUUUGAGGUUUUUUUUGGUUCUGAUGGUAAUACUAAUGUCCCAAGUCAUUUUAGUCAGCUUAAUGUUGUUUUUUCUAAUUAAUUUUAAAUCUCACAACUAUACUGAUUUGUAUCUUCUGUUUGAAGUACUUCCAAUGUCACUAUCUCAUCAUUAUUCCAUCUACAGACUUAACACUCCACCCCUUGUUUGUCAUGGUUCUGCCUCUGAUACACCCAUGAAUAAUAAAGACAAAAACACUACCCUGAAAA